AGGAUACAAGAGUGCAAAAAAUUGUGGUGUGGGUGCUUUACAGGAAGACUGCGUUUGUCUGCACAGAGCCAUCCCAUUUAUGCCGGUGGCUGUGUGUGUGCAGAACAGUGAGAGGCACACACAGUUGAAUAAGAGUUAAGAGGAAGAGGCCUGGUGUGUUUUACUGCCUGUGACCUGAGAAUACAGUAAGCAUCAGCUCAACAGCGGCAGCAGUGUUUUUCUCAUUCUAACCUCCAGGAUUGUGCCGCUGGCCUCGGGUUUUUGUUUGCUCGUCACCUGUUGGAGAUGCAGAGGAUGUUGCUCAGGUUGAUUUUUUUGUGGUAAAAGUUUCUCCUGAAUGUGUUCUACAGCCAACUAUGUUCUCCCUCUGAGGAGAAACUGUGAGGUCUUACCUCCUCCGGGCAGGCUGUGUGGAGGAGCGUCCAUGCCAGGUCCUUUCCCCGGGGUCAGACCUCAUGGAGCCCCUCAGGACACAGAGAUGGACGUGGCUUGGCAGGAGUUGAUGGCCAUCACAGAGUUACAGGAGUUCCAGGUUCCCACUGAAGGCUCCUAUGAGACGGCACAGUACCAAAGCAUGGACUCGAUGGCACCUGUGGGGGAUUAUGGGAUGGUACCGGCCCACCCUCAGCCACCUGCUCCGCCUGCUGCCUGCGAGAUGAGCGGCGUGGACACUUACGAUGGAUGUUACCCUGAAGAGGUGCCCGCCUGUCGUCUUGCCAGCAACACGGACGCAAUGUACGGAAACUCGGAACCUCAGCAAAGUCAACGGAUGCUCCCCGCCUCGUCCCACUCGCAGCCCCCCCUCAUGGGUCUGAGGGAGCACAUGAACAUGUCGGGUACCAGUCAGGUACACAGGAGAGCCAACUCCUGCCUCUCUCAGGGUCUUAACAGGCACAUGUUGUGGACAGUGCAUGGACAAACGGCACACGCUCGCUCUGCUGAUGAUCUGGAGUCCGACUCUGGGCUCUCUUUGGGUUCUAGUCCACCUCUGGCCUCACCGGACAAUCCUGUGUGCGCUGCGCCAGGGUACCAGAGUGUAGAAGUAGGUGUGACACACAGCGAUGGUGAACCAGACGGCAUGACUGAACACACCAGGAGAGCACACGCCCAUUAUCAGAUGGAGUACCAGAGUCCAGCGCCGUCUUAUUUACACUCAGGUGCCCAUUCAUCUUACUUCUCACCUCAACCUGGUUUAUCUCACAUACAGCCGAACGCCCUGACUCCUCGGUCAGUCAAACUGCAGGGCCACACUGCUGAUCUGAGCGACAUGUAUGACUCCACACAGCCCAGCAGAGGGAGCUCACAGCUUCACAUGUACACAAAACCACAUUUAAGCUCCUCAACCCCUGCUCCCAUGAGCAGGGACGAGAGGCGGGCCAUAGCUCUGAAAAUCCCCUUCCCCAUGGACAAGAUCAUCAACCUGCCAGUAGACGACUUCAAUGAGCUCCUGACUCAGUUCACUCUCACGGAUACUCAGCUGGCGCUGGUCAGGGACAUCAGACGCAGAGGCAAGAACAAAGUUGCAGCUCAGAACUGCAGGAAGAGGAAGCUGGAGAGCAUAAUUCACCUGGAGAGAGAGCUGAGCCAGCUGCAGACCCAGAGAGAACAUCUGGUCCAGGAGCGGCUGGAGUUCCAGCGCAGCUUGGCGUUCAUGAAGUGUCGCCUCACAGACCUCUACGCUGAAGUGUUCUCUCAUUUACGAGAUGAACACGGACAGCCAUACUCGAUAGAUGAAUAUUCCCUUCAACAGACACCCGACGGCAAAAUUUAUUUGGUACCUCACACGACGAUGCACAAGAGGGAGCACUGCUAACUGUGUCAUUUAUGGCAGAUUUGAAUGUGUAGCUUAUGCUCAACAGUUCUUCCAUUGAUGCACGUUUCAUACCUUGGCAAUGUAUUAAGCUCACAAUUGACUGUUUCAUGAAAAAAUACUUUAUUAAAAAAAACUUUUAAAAAAAAGGACUGCUCAGCAGUUUCCAGUAAAAAAGAAAACAUCUUGAGCACCAGUAGACUGUCAGCUCAUCUGUGGAAAAAGGGGGGAAAAAAAAGGUUCAAUAAAAAGCAGACUUAAAAGUUUACAGAUGUGCAAAACGGUGUUUUAAUUAUUUACCUGUUUGAGCCACACAGAGUGACAUCAGGUUAUGGGGAGUCUGAACUGAGCAUGAUUGUGUUCCCCCUGGAAAGCAGAAACACAAAAUGAGUACCCAACAAGAAAACAGACUUCAUUUCUAUUCAGUGCAUGCAAUAUGUUGAACCUAUAUGCAUCAAUUAACAGUCAACAUUUGGUGUAAGUCA